AAUCUCGAAUUCAGAUAGAGAGGAGAAGACGGCGGCGAUGAUUGUCGUACGACGGGCGAAGAAGCCGACAAUUGACCGGUUUGACCCAUCCACCGUUGCCCACAUAUAUAGCUCUCGCUCGACUUGUCCACGGGAUCCAAACCCCAAACCAUUUAGAGCAACCCACCAACGUUGAAAUCUUCGAAGCCGUCUCUUUGUCUCCAACCCAGAUCACGAGCCGGCGACCGGCGGCAGCCUGUUUUUUGUUGAGCGCCGGUCGCGUUCUUCUUUCAACUCAACGAUAAGAGAGGCAACAGAGAGAGAGAGAGAGAGAGGCGGGCGACGAGUGUAUGAGAAUUUGAGGUGCCAGAAAGCUUCGAUAUUUGUGGGUUUUGGUGGGUGGGUGGGUAUGGAUAGAGUAUGCAGCAAGCUUCGGAACCUGGAUGCUUACCCUAAGAUCAAUGAGGAUUUCUACAGCCGUACAUUCUCCGGCGGGGUCAUCACCCUUGUUUCCUCCUUCCUCAUUCUCUUGCUCUUCUUCUCCGAGCUAAGGUUAUACCUCCAUACUGUUACUGAGACUAAGCUUGUAGUGGAUACUUCAAGGGGAGAAUCCUUACAUAUCAAUUUUGAUGUGACCUUUCCAGCCGUUCCAUGUUCAUUACUCAGUCUAGAUGCAAUGGAUAUCAGUGGAGAGCAACAUCUGGAUAUUAGACACAAUAUAUUCAAGAAGAGAAUUGAUUCCCAUGGCAAUGAAAUUGAAGUUAGAAAGGAUGGGAUUGGUGCCCCUAAGAUUGAGAAGCCUCUGCAGAGACAUGGUGGCAGGCUUGAGCAGAAUGAAAAAUACUGUGGUUCGUGUUAUGGUGCAGAGAUGUCAGAUGAUGAUUGUUGUAAUUCAUGUGAAGAAGUUCGUGAAGCUUAUCGAAAGAAAGGUUGGGGGAUGACAAAUCCAGAUUUGAUUGACCAGUGCACAAGAGAAGGUUUCGUCCAAAAGGUUAAAGAUGAAGAAGGUGAAGGAUGCAACAUUCAUGGAUCAUUGGAAGUUAGUAAAGUGGCUGGGAACUUUCAUUUUGCCACUGGGAAAAGCUUUCAUCAGAAUGUUCAUUUGCAUGAGUUGCUGACUUUUGAAAAAGAUAUAUACAAUAUAAGCCACAAGAUUAACAAGUUAGCUUUUGGCCACUAUUUUCCAGGAGUUGUAAAUCCACUUGAUGGGGUGCAAUGGGUUCAAGAAACACCAAAUGGAAUAUACCAGUAUUUUAUAAAGGUGGUUCCUACAAUUUACACUGAUAUUAGAGGUCGCACUAUUCAGUCAAAUCAGUUCUCUGUGACAGAGCACUAUAAGAGUUUUGAACUGGGUCGGCUUCAGUCACCGGCAGGAGUUUACUUCUUUUAUGACCUUUCUCCUAUUAAGGUGACUGUCACAGAGGGACACGCACCAUUCUUGCACUUCGUUACAUAUCUCUGUGCAAUUAUUGGAGGUAUCUUCACAGUGGCAGGGAUUGUAGAUUCAUUCAUAUACCAUGGGAAAAGGGCUGUAAAGAAGAAAAUAGAAAUUGGCAAAUACAGAUGAUGUUGGAGCUGGCCAUUGUGGACUUGACUUGCCGGUUGGCUUGAGAUGAAUUUUGGAGUGUUUAUUUUAUUUGUUUACAGGAGGUUACAACGAAUCUACAGCUCUGGCUUGCUCAUGUGCUGCCUGUAGUUUUAACUAACUUCUUAUUCGUGCCUCAGCUUUUUGAUCCUAAAAUUAUGGAUUUUGUUCAAGUGUAGAUGGAAGUUUGAUUUCUCACUUCAUGAUGAUAUCUUCCAACUCUA